AUGGCGUCGCUGUCGCUGUCCGGGGGCGCCAAGGGGGGCGGCGCGUGCGUGCCCCAGAAGGACGUGCAAGCGCUGCUGCGCAAGAUGAAGGAGGUCUUCCUCGGCCAGCCCAUGCUCCUCGAGCUGACGGCGCCCCUCAAGAUCGUGGGCGACAUCCACGGCCAGUACAAGGACCUGCUCCGCCUCUUCGAGGAGUGCGGCUGGCCCAGCGACGUCCACUACUUAUUCCUCGGCGACUACGUCGAUCGCGGGCCGUCGGGCCUGGAGGCGCGCCGCGGGGCCGUGCUCCUGCUGCUCUGCUACAAGGCGAAGCACAAGGACACGUUCUUCAUGCUCCGCGGGAACCACGAGUGCGCGGCGAUCAACCGCAUCUACGGCUUCUGCGACGAGUGCAAGCGCGCGUACGGCCUGAAGAUCUGGAAGCAGUUCAACGACGUCUUCAACUGCAUGCCCGUCGCCGCCGUCGUCGACGACAAGAUCUUCUGCGUCCACGGGGGCCUGUCGCCGGAGCUGCGCACCUUCGACCAGAUCGGGUCCCUGCGGCGCCCGACGGACGUGCCGGACGCGGGCAUGAUGUGCGACUUCCUCUGGGCGGACCCCGAGCCCCACACGACGGGCUGGGCCGAGAGCGAGCGGGGCGUCUCCUACACCUUCGGCCCGGACGUCGUCCAGAAGUUCCUCAAGCAGCACGACCUCGACCUGCUCGUCCGCGCGCACCAGGUCGUCGAGGACGGCUACGAGUUCUUCGCGAGCCGCCAGCUCGUCACGCUCUUCUCCGCGCCGAACUACUGCGGCGAGUUCGACAACGCCGGCACACUCGCGGCGUCCGCGGCGCCGUGCGCCAUCAUGUCCAUCGACGAGACGCUCAUGUGCUCGUUCCACAUCCUCAAACCGGCCGUCGCCAUGGAGUCCCUGUCGCCCAUCAACGACCGGCGCCCCACGGGCCUCAUGGGCGGCGCCGGCGCGCGACGACCGGCGACGCCCAUGCCGCCGCCGGGCAAGAGGUAG